UUUGAAACAAUGGCUCAACAAAUGAGUCCAUUGGAUGGACACCAAACCGAUAACUCAAACCAAACUAAUGGUCGCUGUAAGCGAAAGGGAGCGCCCGAUGACACGGCCGGCGACGUGACCGCCAGUAGUGGACAGCUCUCUCCCAAUUCUCAUAAGAAUAAUGAAUUACCGACUUUUGCUCUCAUUGACACUCACGAUGAGGAGCGCCGAGAGUUAGUCAGUGGUCAUGGAGGAGGUUUGGGGCCAAUCGGAAGCAUCGGUGGAUCCGCCGGAUCCUUCAGCUCAAACCCACGUCUCACACAUACGCCAACAUCGGCUGACUUCCAGCCGCCAUACUUUCCUCCGCCAUAUAAUCUGCCGCAACAACAGUUGGAUUUCCAUCAUCACCACGCCGUCAACGCUGCCGCCGCGGCCGCCGCCGCCGAUCCCUACUCCCAUCUGAACAGCUUAACGGCACCGCAACAGUACCAUCAGUUACAUCCGGCUCAGGCCGCUAGAGGUGGCCAUAAUGUACUGCCCGGCGGCCGACGGGACGACUCGGACGGCCUUCACUUGCAAUCGAAUAUGCAUUCGGGACUGCAUUCCGGGUACGGAGACGUCACGGUCUCUGUGGCCGCCUCUGUGAACGCCGCCCGAAGGGGUACAGACAUGGUCUACGCCAAUGUCCGCCGACCGGACGUAUUGAUGCAUUCGGGACAUCACACUCUCAGUGAACAGGAUUUGCUCAAUCUUCACAACGCCGGUGCCCUCCCAUCACUCGACGACACACAG